AUGACGGUGGAACGGUACGAGAACAACGAUGAAAUCAAUACAGGACGCCUACGGGAGCCUCUUACAUUUCACUUCUCCAAGAAAACGGCACGCAACCGGCUAUUCAAGGCUUCCAUGGGAGAAACGCUCGCCAGUUGGGACAUGAACGAUCCUGAAGCCAGUGGGAUCCCCACCGAUGAAAUCAUCGAGUUGUAUAAAAGGUUUGGUGAGGCAGAAAAUGGGUUCGGCAUCAUCUUCACCGGCAACAUCCAAGUCAGCUCCACGGUACCCCAAUUGCCGGGCGACCUAAUCAUCGACGAAUCACACCCUUGUCACGGGCCACGAUUCGAGGCGUUUAAGAGGUUGGCUGCGGUGGGAAAGGCCAAAGGCUCUCUCAUGAUCCCACAGAUUUCCUAUGCCGGGCGUCAGGCUCUGGCUUCUGUUGCGCGAAAGACGGUCAUCGCGCCGUCUGUUGUACCGUAUGCCACCGAAGAGCAGAAUGCCAUCUUCGCGAAGACCCGCGAAGCAACCCAGACAGAUAUCGAUUUCUUGAUCAAUGGGUUCGUGCAUGCGGCCGAGUACUUGGAAGCAGCAGGGUUCGACGGGGUGGAGCUACACGGUGCUCACGGCUAUGUGCUCGGCCAAUUCCUCGCUCCGCGCACCAACAAGCGAACGGACGCUUACGGAGGCUCGUUGACGAACCGGAUGAGGUUGCUCGUGCAAGUCGCCAAGGGAAUUCGUGCCAGGACCUCGCCAUCCUUCAUUGUCGGCGUGAAGCUCAACAGUGUCGAGUUUCAAGAUGGUGGAUUUACAGCCGAGGAGGCAGCAGAGGUGUGCCGCGUGUUACAGGAUGAGGUGGGCUUGGACUUCGUCGAGUUGAGCGGCGGCACCAUGGAGAAAGUCGGCCACGAAUGGACCACGGACACAACGAUCAAACGCGAAGCCUUCUUCUUGAAAUUCGCUGCGAUGAUAGUCCCGCAGCUGGGCAAGACAGCCCAAGAGCGCCGCACCAAAGUGUUCAUCACAGGUGGCUUGCGCACAGCUUCGGCCAUGGCUAUGGCGAUGGAAACAGUGGACGCAGUCGGCAUCGCUCGCCCCGCGGCUCAAGAGCCAUGGAUUGCGAGAGACCUGCUCAGUGGAAAGGUCCAAGGGGUGGUCAAGCCGGUGUAG